AUGCCCUCAAAAACGACGUCGGUUGAGCACAUUGAUGCUUGCCGAGGUCGCGGCCUUGUGGCGGAGGUGGACUUCAAUGAAGGGGACUCUAUUCUUCUUGCGCCGUAUGACAUUGCUGUGCUGUAUAGCCCGUUUGUGCGCAACACGUGCUAUCGCUGUUUUGCACCCCUGGUGGAACCGCCGAAGGAGGGGGAAGAGGAGGCGAAGGCAAAAAUCCAAGCUGAAGAGGGUAAGGAGGAAAUUUGUUACGAGUGUUCCUCCUGCAAGCAUCUUGUGUUGUGUUCCAGCUGCGUGAAGGAUUUGGUUGCGGAGGCGUGGAGGCGGCCCGACGAGGGCGUGCCCGCCGCGUCGUUGGGUGACGAUGAGCGUGAACUUGCUAUGUUGCAAACGCAUCCUCUUCUAGAGGCCCAUAAACUGGCCUGCGCGUGGUUUUGUACGCUCCCUGAUUCUGUGCAGGCGGGCGAUACGGACUACCUGCGCUUUGCAUUGCAGUACGGCUCACGUGCGCUCCUUGGCGACACCCGACUCCUGCUGGCCGUUGACGAGCUGGGCAUAAAUACGGUCCAGCAGUUGACGGAGGCGCAUCAAUUCUGUGAAUCCUUUGCAAAACGUAUCGUGGAUACGUUUGCUCCGCAGGGAUUCCGCGUGGAUGCGGAGCACCUUCGCGACGUCCUCCUCCGUACCAAGAGCAACAGUAUUGGCUACCCCUUUAAUGAGGAGGAGACGCUCGGGUGGUCACUGCAGGCGGAAAUUUGCAUGAUUAACCACAGCUGCGUCCCCAACGCGGCGGUUGUGCGCCCGAAAUGCAAAGCGGGAGCGGGAGCAUGCUCAAUGGAGCUUGUGGCGCGCCGCGCCAUUAAGGCGGGGGAGGAAGUGACAAUUUCAUACCUUGACGUUGACAGCUACGCAGACGACGUACAGGCGAGGCGCCGGCGUCUGAUGGAGGAUUAUGGGUUUCUCUGUUGUUGCCCAAAGUGUGCACCCGCCAAGACCCCUACGACGCCUGCAACUGCGCAGUAA